CAGGAUUAGGAGGCCAUGGCAGCUUCCACGAAGGAUUCGGCAGCGGCCGUAGAAGCGGUGGCCAUGGUCGCCGGCCGCGGGGCUCGUGGAGGUAAAACUGAAGACAAGGAGCUGGGCCGCCUGGUUAAGGACAUGAAGAUCAAGUCCUUGGAGGAGAUCUACCUGUUCUCCCUGCUCAUUAAGGAGUCUGAGAUUAUUGACUUUUUCCUUGGUGCAUCUCUAAAGGAUGAGGUUCUAAAGAUCAUGUUGAUGCAAAUGCAGACUUGGGCUGGCCAGAGAACCAUGUUCAAGGCUAUUGGAGACUACGAUGGCCACGUUGGUCUUGGUGUUAAGUGCUCCAAGGAGGUAGCCACUGCUAUCCGAGGGGCCAUCAUCCUGGCCAAGCUUUCGAUCGUCCCAGUGCGGAGAGGCUACUGGGGAAACAAGAUUGGCAAGCCCCACACUGUGCCAUGCAAGGUGACAGGCCGCUGUGGCUCUGUGCUGGUUCGUCUCAUCCCUGCCCCCAGAGGCACUGGCAUUGUCUCUGCUCCUGUGCCCAAGAAGCUACUGAUGAUGGCCGGUAUAGAUGACUGCUACACUUCAGCCAGGGGCUGUACUGCCACCCUGGGCAACUUUGCCAAGGCCACCUUUGACGCUAUCUCCAAGACCUGCAGCUACCUGACCCCUGACCUCUGGAAAGAGACCGUGUUCACCAAGUCAGGAAUUCGCUGACCAUCUGUGAAAACCCACACCAGGGUCUCUGUUCAGAGGAUCCAGGCUCCAACUGUGGCUACCACAUAAGGAUUUUUAUACAAGAAAAAUAAAUGAAUUAAGUCUGUUAAUAAAAAAGAAUGACUCUUUAUCUUGUUUAUACAAGAAAACAAUGGCCGCCUGCCAGCACAAGGAGGACAACAGCAUAUUUCUGCCAAUGACACUGUAGAUGUAUUCAAUAUCAACCUUUCCAGGUGGAACCCUUUUUUUUUUUUAGACUACAAAGAAGGAACACCCUAAGACUGAAAUGUGGCAGACACUUCAGUGUCUAGACACUCCUAGUCACCCCACUCCGCCAUCUGUUAGGAAUUUUAUCCGGGGAAAUUGGCACAGCAAAGGAGCUCUGUCCCCAGACCAAGGCUUCAGUGCAGUUUCUGCCGCUUGCUUCAAAGUACCCUCAAAUGGCUGGUCAUCGGGACAGGCCACGGAUGUCUGUCUGAACAACACGGGCCUGGGGCUCAUUAGGAUGUACGUGUCUGGCCUACUACAGGCUCCUGUUGGUUGAUCUAUCUGGAUCAUGGUCAAGGCCAUCAGCUCUCUCUCUCUCUCUCUGACUUUACGACGGCCUUUCUGAACUCCGAAGCCUCUGUAUGUGCACAUGCACACAUGCACUGAGAAAUGUAGCGUCCGAUCUCAGAGUCGAUAUUAAUUAGUAAGAUUAGAAUAAAAAGAGCCAGUGACCGGUCUGUUGCUGUGGUCCUUCUGAGACACAGGUGGAGAAGGAAGGUCAUCUGGGUGCUAACUACUGGCCUCCAAGGUCUGGCUGCCCCCAGCGAUGAGGAAAUCUUCACGCACACCAAGUGACGCUAUGCAACCCUGCUGUUUAAUGUAAGCAACCUUGCUGUUUAAUGUAAGCCUAUUGGUUGAAUAAAGAUACCUACAGCCUAUAGCUGGGCAGAGGAGAGGUAGGCAGGGUUUUUGUUCCAGGCUUGGGGUCUGAGGCAGAGACGAGGAAAAGAGAGGAGAAGAUGGAGAGAGAAGACACCAUGAGAUAAGGGACUGUGAGAACUGGCCAUGAGGGCUGGCCAGUCGGAGUAAGAGUGGCCCAGGCAGAACAUGGCAAGUCGUAUAUCUGGGUUAUUGGCAGGGAAGGAGACAUAUUAGCACAGAGAGUUGAUAUCUGCCCAGCUCUAGUGCUUUCAAGGCUUAUUAUAAAUAUAAAAGUUUUGUGUCUUUUAUCUGGGGACUGAAUGAUCAAAGGUGGGGUAGAAACCCCCGACAUGAUUAAAUAUUUACCACAACAGGUGGUUGUCAAUAACCAGGUAUCUAGGCAAAUCAGGACUACUUGGAAAAUUGUGGGCAAGAAAACCACUGUAGAUUGUGAAUUUAUCGUUACUCAAUAAAUUCUGACAUCGUGGAAAGGCAAA